AUGCGCGCACUUACAGUCCGCCAAAUCGCUCCCUUCAGACACAAUGUCCACGCCCACUUCAGUGAAGAGACUCUGCAAAAGUGUGUUACUCUGACCACUCUGAAGCUCGCUGCAUACCACAUGGGCAGCCCCAAGGGUCUGAGACUCCUCGCUACCUUCGAGGUCGCUGAGCUUUUCAAGCAAGGCAUCUUCUUCGUUGCCAAGGAUGUUAUUCAGGUCCAGGAGACGUGGUACGGCCAGGCCAUGGAAGUCGCCCGUGCCAUCAACGACUACCCCAUGGGUCCCUCCGAGAUCAUGGAAGUCACACAGGCUGUCAACAACUUCCUCAUGGGUCCAGCAAAGGCCGACGCUCACGAAUACCUUACCCCCGGAUACAUCUCCCUCCCUGACAUCCACAAGCCUGAGGUCAACGUGCCCACUAAGAACAACAAAUCCUUCGCCAACUACAAUACCCCUGAGUACAACUCACAUGUCGCCACUCACAAGCCUAAGGCCAACGAGCCUACCGGAAACACCAGAAGCCUCGCCGCUGAAGCAUUCCAUACCAACACAAACAUGAACCAGAACUACCUCUUCGAUGCUGUUCACUCACGCAACAACACUGGAAUCUUUACCAGCUCCAAGGUCGCAGACGCUGUCAGAGACGAAAUGUGCACCUUCGUCAUUCCUCAGCUCAAGAAAGUCAAGAUGACUCGCCCCGAGGAACCUUGAAUAUCUUACAAAGACAGCGAUGGAGGUUCAUCGACGAGAACUCUAUUCAGCUCACAACAGCGUACAAUCACUUGAUGACUACAUGAUUGGCCCGCGCAAAGAACAACAGCCUUUGAGUUGCGAAAGUAGAAGCAUGGAGAACGCAGAAGAAGACAAUCACUUGAUGAAGGCCUACAAGACGCCCAGACGCCGUCACUUUGGAAGUGGCUUGCGUAGAAAGAAGGAAGGCACACAUCGACGCUUCUCGGAGAGACCUUGAGUACCACGAGAACGAAGGAAGUUUAAUAAGCAAACGAG